AACAAGGUUGACCCGUGUCUACCCGCUGGGCACGCUGUCUACCCGCUGGGUCUGCCCGGGUCGGCCUACCCGCUGGGCACGCCACUGAUCAUUCAUGUUUUUUAUACAAUAAUAGGUGCAAUAUAAUUGCAUAAUAGUAUAAUACACUAUGGCUACUAUGGAAAAUGGAAUUAUUGUCACGGGGAUCGCUUGAAAUGUUUGGCGGUGACUUCAAAACAAGAUAUUUGCUGUGAUCAUGGAAGUGAAUAUCUUACAAGUUUCGUUGUUGAUAUCAAAUAUUAUUUGAUAACAAUAAAAGUCAAAACAAUGACUAAACCCAUCCGAUUAGUCGACAGUCGUAGUGUAGUCGGUCAACGGCUAUGUUAAGUGCUCAGUGUCGUAACUUUAUUAAGGAUUUCAGUUAACAUUAUUUACUAUUAUGAUUUAUAUUAUGUAUCGUGCGUAAAUAAUCAACCAUUGUCUCGUUUUAACCUAAUAUUGUUAUAAUGGCUUCGUCGAGUUCAUCGUCGCCGUUGGAAGACUUGGAAACUCAGUUGGAAAUGUUUGUAGAAAAUGUGCGGCAAAUACGAAUCAUAGUGGCCGAUUUUCAACCCCAAGGGCAGACCGUUCUAAAUCAAAAAAUUCAAAAUGCCGUCAGUGGUUUACAAGAAAUUAAUAAACUGAAAUCCAAUGUACAAGACAUUCAUGUGCCUUUGGAAGUAUUUGAGUACAUUGAUAGAGGACGUAAUCCUCAGCUUUAUACCAAAGACUGUAUUGAGAAAGCCUUACAUAAAAAUGAACAGGUCAAAGGAAAAAUUGAUGCUUUAAAAAAAUUCAAAGCCAAUGUACUCACAGACUUGGGACAAACAUUUCCUAAUGAACUUAAUAAGUAUAGAGCAUUGCGUAGCAAUUGUUAUGGUACUAGCAGUGUUGUAGCACCACCGCCGCCACCCCCUCUAAAUAUGUUAUCAUCUGUCACUUCAUUAGGAGGACCAAAUUCUCAACAGCAACAGCAAAACUUACUUGGAGGAUCAAGUUUAUCAAUUCAACAACAGCAGCAACAACUAAACAACGCUUCUUCCUUGUCAUCUGCAUCUUCUUGCUUAACUAACUCUCAACAGCAAUCAAAUUCUCCAAAUAUUACGUCAUUAUUAGGCUGUGAUGGCGUAUCCACUGUAUCUGCUGGCAGUAACAGUAACAAUAUCGGAGGCCCUCCAGGUACCUAGUAUUAAAUGUUUGUACCUUUUAAACUAAGUAUUGUAAUUAAUAAUUUCAAGAUUUGAGAUCUUAAAUUGUGUUUUUGUGAAUUAUAAAACUUACUCAUUAAUUAUUUUCUACCAAUAAUGUUGGUAAAAAUAAUAAUGAGUGGGGAAUAAUAUUGAUAAAUUUAGUAUUUUUUAUAUCAAUAAGGCUUAACUUUUUCAUAGAUAUUAAUUAGUUUAAUUGAAUAACUAUUAUAGAUUAACAAUGUAUAAAUUGUAUUGUAUCACAUUUUUCUUCUUAUUACUUUAAGAUUAUUUAAACAUUAUUCUAAUUAGUGAUAAUUAUAAUUGAAUUGUUGUAAACAUAACACAACUAUAUAAAUUAUUAUUAUUUUAUUGUAAAGUUAGCAAAUAGAAAUAUAUGUGGUUGAAAUAUUUAUUAAUUUUAAUUUUUAGUUAAUAACAUUUUGUUAUCUGUGAUGUAUAAAUAUCUUUAAAUAAUUAAUACAAUUUAAUUUAAUUCAAUUUAUUGUAAAUACACACCAAAUGUAUUAUUAAUAGAA